AUGGAGUCCGUAGAGGCAGUGGAGCUCUUCUCGGAGAACAGCGCACGCUAUCGCUACCGCGUGCCGGUGAGCGUGAUUCGCGAGCUACAAUACGAGGGGUCACGCUAUAGCGCUGAGUUCAAUGUAGGCGGGUGGUUCUGGCGUUUCCACAUUCAAGAGCGAGCCGCCGAGGGCCAGCGCUUCCUGGCGCUGCACCUGCAGAGCUGCACGCCGGGUAUUGUCUCUGUCCACUUUAAGCUCACCGCUGUCUGCAUGCGUGACCCACUGCAGUCGCGCAGCAAGACGUUCAACUGCACCUUCAAGAAGGCUCGAAGUGCGUGGGGACUUCAUCAGUUUAUCGAGAUAGAACAGUUGCUCCACCCAGAGAACGGGUUUGUGUACACUGUGCAGGAGACGGGCACCCGCUGUAUUGACUUCGAGGCGACGCUGCAGGUGGACAGCGGAGGUGGCAGCGGGCGUGCUCCGCCAGUGCGCAGCGCGACCCGCUCUGUCACCCCGACCCGAAGCGUCAUGGGUCCCGGUAUUUUGGGAAUAAAUGGUGGAAGAAUAUCGCCACACCGUGGGCAUGGUGUACGAUCUGUCGGUGGCCGUGGCAGCGGCGCAUCAGUGGGGCUGAACAGUAGGAUGUCCUACUCGCCUGGCCGGGUCGGAGCUGGCGCACUUGUCCCGAUGGAACGCUCUGUGGACCAGCCCGGCGCGGGUGUCGGGGUGGGGCUGCCGGCCGGCUUCUACAACGACCCAAACGGUGGCCCGAUGGUGACUUUAGACAGCGCGUCCACCAUCAAGGGCGGUGGCCGUGGCCAUGGGAGCACCACCGUGCGCGCGCCGCUUACGUACCCCUUUGAGCACCUGGAGGUGCUGUGUGACAUGAGCUUUGACGUCCAGGGCGUCCGCGUCAAGGCCCACCGUUGCGUGAUUGGCGCGCGCAUGCAGCCGUUGCUUCCCGAGCAGAUGCUGCCGUUGCAGGCGGGCUGCAUUGUUGCCAUUGCCGUCCCCCUUGACGUCUUCACAACCUUCCUGCGGUACGUCUACACGGAGGAGUACCCCGAGUCGGGGGUGUUGCCGCCAGAGUCCCUACUGGACUUGUACCUGCUCGCAGCGGCAUGUGAGUUUUACGAUCUCAGCGCGGUCUGUAUUCGCUACGUUCGCCCGCUCCUCACGCCGGAAAACAUCCUCCCCAUUGUGCUGACGCGCUACAACGCCGCGGACGAGGUGCUCACCUCGCUCUACCUGCACGUUCUGCUGGACAACUACGAUGUUCUCAUCCAGGACCGCCAGUUCGAAGAGAUCCCUGGUCAUCUCUUCCGUCGCCUUUCGCUCAUCCUUUACCGCAAGGAGACAGUGCCGAAUGCGCCGAUUCCGUCCAUGAAAAACACGCUGGGGAAGCAGCUUGCGUGGCUGGCGGAGUCAGGCGAGUACAGCGACUACGAGUGGGUAGUAGGCCCGCACCAGUACGCAGUGCACGCCCACCGCUACAUUCUCGCGUGCCGCUCUGUGCUCUUCUCGCAAGCGAUGAACCCGCGUAGCCCUGGACCGCUUCCGUCGUUUGCGACUAACGAGUUCGACUUCUCGCUGCGCAGCUGGCAGAAGUUGUUGUUGGGGAUGUACCGUCGCCACCUCGACACCGAGCGCGACUUCUCGGCCGAGGAUAUCGCAGCUAUCUUUAAGAUGCAGCAGGUGCUGAUCAUGGACGGCCAGCUCAAGCGCGAGGCGGAUGAGGCUCUCACCCACACAAACGCGUUGCGCCUCCUUAUCUAUGCCGUGAAGCAUCAAAUACCGGAGUUGCAUGAGCGCGCAGUCAACUGCUUGGUGAGCAAUUUCAGCGCAAUGGUUCGCAACGACCCACAGGCGUGGGAGCUGAUUAGCGAGCUGCCGCAGGCAGCUGUGGUGUCACUGUUCCGCACGGUGACGGAGCACCAACCACUGUAG